AUGAAGGUCACGAUAGUCUUGUCCGUGGCGGGGCUCGCCAUCGGAGGAGCCGUCCCCCGAGUCAGAAGAUCCGAACCGCCGAGCUAUGCCAUGCCGGGGGUCCGGUUCCGUGGAAUAACCAUCAAGCCAUCACAUUCAGUGCGGCCGCGAAGUGCUGAUGCUGUCACUUCCAACCACGUGGCGAUGCAAAAGAUCCAUGGCCACUUACCCCAGCGUAAUUGGCAGAAGACUUUGCACAAAGCCGUCGGCGACACCUGGGAUUUGAAGUCGGAAUAUAACUUGACGAAGCCAGCCACCAGCAACAUGACCUUCCUCUACAACACCAACUACGCCAUUCCCAUCAGUAUUGGCGACCAGGAGUUCCAGGUCACGGUCGAUACUGGUUCCAGUGACACCUGGGUCGUACAGAGCAACUUCACUUGUGUUGAUCCUACUACACUUGGGCCGAUUAAUCCGUCGUAUUGCGGAUUUGGGCCGACCUUUGACGGGACCUUCCAACACGGCCUGGUGCCUGAUGUUGCCGACUUCGCCUUUAUGUACGGAGACGGGGAGUCCAUCGGCGGCCAGACCGGAUACGAGGACAUCACCAUUGCUGGGGUGACGGUGAAGAAGCAGGAGAUGCUGCUUGCCAACAGGGCAACGUGGUAUGGAGACGGAAUCACCAGCGGCAUCCUGGGGCUCAGCUACCCGCUCGAGACCAAGAUCUUCAACACCACGGACCAAAGUCGAAACUUCGCCGGCUCGCCCAGCCACAGGAAAUACGACCCCGUCUUCACGAGCAUGUAUAAGCAGGGUCUCGUGCCGCCCUUGUUCAGCAUGGCUAUGGACAGGAGCUCGCAGAAGGGAUGGCUCGCGUUUGGCGGACUCCCUCCCGUGGACCACGCCUCGGACUAUGCUAGAGCCCCCAUUCGAAUUGUCGAAGUCGACAACGCCCCUGCCACCAGGACGGAAAACACUUAUUAUACCAUCAUCCCCGACGGGUUCAUCUUCGGCCGCCUGAACACCAGCACCUUCACCUACUCCAACCCGUCGUGGAAUGGCCUCUUCAACGACACCAACGAGUCCCAGUUCCCUGUCAUGAUCGACAGCGGCACGACAUUCGCCUUCCUGCCGCGGGCAAUCGUGCUCCCCUACGUGCAGCAGUUCACGGAACCCAUGGGCCGGUUCGGCGGCCAGUACUGGGCGCCGUGCGACUCGACGGUGCCCCCCUUCGGCGUCACCAUCGGCGGCAAGACCUUCUACCUCAGCGAGGCCGAUCUCCUCCAGCAGGAGGUGCGCCAGCAGCAGGACUACAACGGGACGCCCAUCACGCUCUGCCUCAUAGGUCUGGGUGAUAACCUCCCGGACGGCCCGUUUAUCUUUGGAGACAUGUUCCUGAACAACUUUGUCAGCGUUUUUGACGUUGGCGCCGGCGAGAUGCGUUUCUAUGCUCGUGAGGGGGAUAAUUCAACCAAUGCGACAAGCGAGGCUGGAAGCUCCGAAUGA